AGCAGCAGAAACGGAAAGGGAUAUUGGAGUUUGAGAAAGAGCUUCAGAAAGUGGAGUUUGAGAAAGAGCAACGGAAAUUGGAGUUUGAGAAAGAGCAAGGGAAAUUGGAGUUUGAGAAAGAGCAACGGAAAUUGGAGUUCGAGAAAGAGCAAGGGAAAUUGAAAUUGGAGUUUGAGAAAGAGCAAGGGAAAUUGAAAUUGGAGUUUGAGAAAGAGCUUCAGAAAGAGCUUCAGAAAGGGUUGGAGUUGGAGAAAGCGAAAUUCGAGUUGAAGAAAGCGGGGCUGGAGUUGGAGGAUAAAAAAGAAGAAGAGGAGAGGAGGAGGAUAGAAACAGUCAUAAAAAAUGCUCAUACCAUUGCCGACAUGGAGAAGUUCUCUGACAGUGAAGCUGCUGACUUCAACAAGCUUGUACUGGAUAAGUGGAAUCCUUUGCAUCAAAUCCUGCGUGGCAAUACUGAUUUGCAUGCAACACGGUGGAGAUUGUUUCUGCCCAAGCCGCUCGAGUUCCAUGGAGCUUGGCGUUCCUUUAGGGAAGAGCAUGUAUGCCUGUGAUGAGGCUGAGUUAAGUGUCAGAGUCAAACACUACGCUGCCUCUGGCCUUUGUUUUGCAGCGCUGUUGGAAAGUAUUUUUCGGGUCCUUGACAAAGACAAAGCUCUGCCUAAUAUUUUGGUGAAGGUUCUGGCCCCAGUUGAGACACCAAACGGGAAGCGAAUUCCGGACGCAGAGGUUACUGUUGAAAGGUCGGGUUCGAGGUGCGGGUUCCUAUUAGAAAUGAAGAGUCUGAAGCGGAAGGGUGAUAACAUUGAGGAGGAGACCAGCGCGAAGAGAAGCAGGGUGUCGUCGUCUGAUCAGAAAAGCGACGAAAGCGAGGAGAACAACAGCAUGAGCAAGAAAAAGCAGAGUAUUGUUCUCAGCGACGAUAAUCAGGAGCUUCUGAGCCCGCUUCUACAAACGGCUCGAGGCCAAAUUGGUGAAAUUCACGUGGCAAGGCAGUCUAAAGACAGGGUUCAGAGCGGGUUUGUAUCCAACGGCGUGCAUGUUAUAAUCGUCCGGACUGACUCCACCAAAUCCGAAGGUCAUUUCAAAGCCAGCCGGGUACUGAAAAUGGUGGAGGGUAGCGACAUAAAGAUAGGAGAGGCCAGGAGUUUAGAUAUGGAUUCAAGGGGGGUCGAUCAAGUCCUCAAAGAGCUAGUUAUUGCUCUGAUCAAAACCGGGUUCCUGCCACAGAGUUUGCUUCAAGGUGAUGUUAGUGGUGCUGCUGGGUUGGGAGCAGAGACAAUGGAAGUAAGUGUUGAUGAAGAACAGCUAGUUCGACCGGUUAAGGCUGAGGCAGCUGAGAAAGAGCACCGGUAUCUAUUCCCCGUGACAAUCCAUGGAUCGAGAUUGAAAGCCUGGAUUAUAGCGGCAACAGUAGGUGAUCGGUACAAGCAG